AAUUCGUAUUUCGUGGCGUAAAAAUAAGAAUUGCAAUUUGCAACUUGCUUGUUUGUUUAUAAAAAUUAUUAAAAACACAUAAAUAAGUAUUGUUUUUAACCAAACAAGAGAACAAUGGGUAUAUCAGUGAGUAGAUACUCAGACAUCACAAAUAAUGACUUUGUUACAAGGUUUUGUUCAUCAGAAGUAAUUUGCCCUAAUGAUCCAUUAUGGAAUCAGCUUUUGGCUUUUAAUAUACAGUUGCCGGCAAAUGUUGAUGAACAAUUAAUAUUUGAUUCAAAUACGGAGCCAUUACUGCAGAAUUUUUUACAAAAUAAUCCGGUAACAGGCAACCUAGGGUCUUUGGUACAAGUGUUUAUAACACGGGCAACAGAAUUGUUAGCAGCACCGAAUACUGACAAUCUCAUGCUGGCAUGGCAAAGUUACAAUGCAAUAUUUUUCAUCCGAGCUGUGACAAAAUAUUUGGUUGAAAUGGUACCUGAGUAUGAUUUGUGCAAGCAUUUAGAUGUUCAGGCCAGGAAUAUUAAUCCGGCGCAGGAUCAGGAGAAUGAUAAAUUACCAAAUGGGGAGAGUCGGGUCGAGAUGUUGAUUGAUGCAUUGAUAAGUCUUAUCAUUGAUGUGCCCGUCACAGACAAUACUUACCAUUUACACUUGGAAAGUAUAAAUACGCUGCUAGUUCUUAUGUCUGUUUAUAUGUUCGCGGGUAUACACGGACAGACGAGAUUGGUUGAGACAUCGCUGAUAUUCAGAACACUAUUUCAAGGCAGAUAUAGCAUUCAAGCGCCACUGUUAAUAAAAAUUCUGUUAAAUAAUUUAUCGAAUAUGACGCCUGCUCCGCCGCAGUUCGGAUCGCCAGGACCGGGGAGCCUCUUCAUUAAUAUCGCCUCAUCUCUAUGGAGUAUGUUGACGUUAUCAUCAACACAGACAAUAUACACGGAACCACCAUCGCAGAGGCGAGAAUUGCAUGAGCGCUUGCUUCGGGAACAUCCUCUCGCCAAUCAGUCUUGCCUUUUGUUAUUGGCUUUAUCCAAUCACCACAUUCAUGAAGACAAUCUUUAUAGAUGCGCUCUGCUGAGGUGUGAGGAUAGCAAUGAAACGGCCGCUACGACGCCGCAUAAGGACAACGGGCAGUUAACACCGCCAAGAAUUGAUAUGGCAGCACUCCACAAGGCUCUCUGUGCCACAGCAGGGUGUGAACAUUCGACAUUAUUGUUAUACUUAAUGCUACACUCGUGCAAUGCUUACAAAAGGCACGUCACAAAUGUACCGCAUAUAGAGAAGUUGAUAAUACCAAUACUCCAAGUGCUGUAUAACGCUCCAGACAGCAAUUCCCAUCAUAUAUAUAUGUCCCUAAUCGUUUUGUUAAUUUUAACUGAAGACGAUGCCUUAAUAAAGAACGUUCACUUGGUCAUGUUAAAGAACCUGCCGUGGUAUACUGAAAGGUCGAUUUCGGAAAUUUCUUUAGGUGGUUUGAUGGUCUUGGUGGUUGUUCGGGCGCUGCAAUACAAUAUGGCGCGGGUUAGGGACAAAUAUUUGCACACGAAUUGUCUAGCUGCGAUUGCUAAUAUGAGUUGUGAAUUUAGAAAACUACACCCAUAUGUAGCGCAGCGUUUAAUAUCAUUAUUUGAAACGUUAAGCAAACGAAGAGCUAGACUGUGCAGUGAAAUUGAAGGUGGGGACAUUAAUAGUAUAGAAUUACCACAUCACGCUGAAGAAAAGACUGAAGAAAUUAUGGAGCACAUCGCGGUGUUGGACGAAGUGCUGAGAAUGUUGUUGGAAAUUAUCAACUCGUGUCUAACACAUCAGCUCUGCAAUAAUUUGAAUUUGGUCUACGCGCUGUUGCAUAAGAAGCAGCUGUUUCAACAGCACUCGCAUCAUAACAUCGCACAGAACAUAGAAAUGGUAAUAGGCUAUUUCUCCACCCGCCUCCAGCGGGUACAAGAAGGAGCUGGCGGUGAGUUGGGAGUGACAGAAGUAUUGCAAUGCAUCAAAAAGGGCGCGGAGCAGUGGUCUAGUGACAGAUUAAAGAAAUUCCCAGACCUAAAGUUCCGUUAUGUUGAAGAAGAUAAGCCUGAAGAGUUCUUCAGCCCGUAUGUGUGGUCACUUAUAAGUUCUUGUGGGAAUAUCUAUUGGGCAAGCGAAUGUGCAGCACGGGCCUCUGAUAGGUUAUUAGCCUAGUAAUGCAUUAAAUCAUUAAUAUAUCACAAUCAUUAACAUUGAUAAAUGAUUAACAUUUAAUGAUGUAAUAAUUAAAUACAAAAACACCGACUUCUUAAUCAUAAUAAAGGGCCGUUCAAGUAUUACGUCAGGAGACUUCUAUUUAUCCCCUCCCCCCCCCCCCCAACAAUUUCCUAUCCUAUUGCAGCAAAAGUAAGCAAAGCUCUCGAAAGUACAUAAACGUAUUAAUUUUUUGGAAGAAUCCUCGAACAGCAUUUCGUUUUCAAGCAUAGACAAUGUGUUUAAAAAGUAAAUCAUUACUCUUGGUUAAUCAUCAAAUAAGAAAAUUAACGACCCCCCUCACCCCCCUUAGUGUUUACGUAAUACUUUAACGGUCCCUACCUAGUAUACAAAUUUAAGUUUAAAUUUUAACUAAUUGAAUUUUGGAUCAUCAAUUAUUGUGAUCUGUAUUGAUAAAAAUCAAUGUAAUUUAAUUCAUAGGGUGUUCAUGAAUUAUUCACUAUUAUUUUACGCAAUACACUAAAAUAAAUUAUUAAUUGUAUGAAAAAUAUCAUUAAUAAUAAUGUAAUAAUGAUUAUUAAUGGGUAAUGAUUAAAAAAUAAUUGUUCAGUAAUACAUUAUUAAUUGGUCUUUUAUUAUUUAUAACAAUUUAUAAUGCAAUGAAAAAGUUAUUAAUAGAUAAUGAUAUACAUCAUUAUAUCAUUCGUCAUUAUAGACAUCAUUAAAGUAUCAAAUACAAUAUAUAUUCAUAUAAGUAACACAAUGUACACUUAUGAACGUCAAAAUAUCAAUAAUAUAACUCGUAAUACAUUUUUAACAACAUUAUACCAUGUCGGACCAAAAUGCAUAUUUAUAAAAUUUCUCCUUUCAUUUUAUGUGUAAUACGCAAUAAUACUUGUAUAAUAAUUAAAAUUGCCUACUACAAUUUAUUUGAAGAAUUGUAUUAUUUAGAUGUUUCUUCAUUACUGCAUGGUCAGAGGGUUUUAGAAAUAACCACCAAUUAAGUAAUAUGUAUAGUCAUCGACGUCAAUGUGUAGUUUAAACGUAAAACAUUGUAAAUAUAUUGUAUUUUAUUAUAAUAUUUAUUAAAUAUAACAAAUUAGAAUUAGCAAGUUUCUUUAAGUAGUCACAACGAGACGAGAUAUACUGUGGAAUCUCUAUAACUCGAAUGUCAAGCGAAAUGCAAAAAAAUCGAGUUAACGUGUUUUCGACUUAACAAGAAUUUUAAGUACCAUAUGUACUCAAACUUAACUGCUGAAAUGUUCGUCUUACUAAUUUUAAUUGUAUUUUUCAAUUUGUAGAGUCGAAUUUGAAUAACAAUUCAACAGUUCUGUAGUAUAUAUUUUUUUAUGAAUGUAUUCGUUAAUUGCACGUGUACAAUACAUAAAAAAUAGACUAGACGCCCCGAAUGUUUGGUACAUUCAUUUUGGAUUUUAUUGCUAAUAAUUUGGUGAGUUCCUAGUAAGACCUCAUUAUAUUUUAUCCACUAGGUACGACUUACAUACUUACGUAUAAAGGUCAAAGCACACAUAACAACUAGGAAAGGGAUCGUCACGGUAUCACCUUCAGCCGUUCAGUAUUGUUUGUAUGCAUAUUCCCUACUGCAACUGCUAAUCGGAAUCCUAACGUAAGCGCCUCGACUCGAAACAGGCUCCGAACCGCGAUGCUGUGCAUGGUCAAGUUGCGGUUCCCGCGCUUACGUCUCUUCGUCCACCCUUGUCCCUGCCCCCUCCAAACCCGGUCAAACAGCGGUCGGCGAGCCGUAAGCGCGGCCUUACCUAGCCGAGUUGACGUUGAUACGUUUUGGUUACGUUACGUUAAGUUAACGCCUAUUUGACGGCAAGGCGAUCGGCGAUACGGUGAUCCCAUUCCGAGUGGAUAUGUGUGUUUUGCCCUUUAAAACUUCCCUUUUGUUCGAGUUACAAAGUCUAAAUAAUUCGAGAUAUCGCGUAAUCAGCGGAAGGGAACGGCAAUACCAUUCGACUUUCUGAGGAUUUCGAGUUACAGAGAUUCCACUGUAUUUUUAAAAUGUCAUGAACCCUCAUGACAUUUUAACAACUGACAGCUUAAAAGGAUUCCAUUUGGUGUAAACUACUUUGAGGUGUGCCUAAGCGCUUCUUUGACUUCAAAAAACAAGGAGUGGGUUUGGCAUUUAUCUUGAAUAUUUGUUGUGAGAUGACCCUUAGGGUUUAACUGGCGUAUUACUAAGGAAGCAGUUUAACUUUGAUCAAAAUCGGUAAAUAGAUUUUAGAUAAUAGUAAUUUCUGGAGAAUAUAGACAUUUAAAUAAAUAAUAAAAUAUUUUACUUUAAAUAUACGUUAAAAGUCCAUACAUGUUUUAUUUUUGAUACGUUAAAAUUUUGAAUUAAUAAUUAGGUUCUUUAAAGCUAGAGGUAUGGCUUUGACACAUUCAAAAUUGCACAUUUUGGAACCUCGCUGACGCCGAAUGGACUACAACAUUUCGAUUGGAAGUUAAUACAAACUUUUGUUUUAAGACAUUUAAGCAAAUCUACAAAAGAUUUAACCUAUGGUUUUUAACGAUAAAGCCGGAAAUUUA